CUAGCAGUGAUGCAAAUCAACUGGAAUCCAAUACCCAGCACUAUAUCGAUCACCACAGCAAGAUAUGGCCUCCACCGCAAUCGGCCCUAACCGGGACAUCAGGAAUGAUUACAAAACACCAGACAGAAUCCUUACUCUCAGCGUUGAAGGACUCGCUAAUCCGACGUCAAAAGGCGUCCUUCUUGACAGCAAUUUCGGCUUUUCCGUAAUCAGUUGCUUGAUCUACUCGGAAAAGGUCACACUUGCAGAUAUUCCACAUAUAGGUGUAAAAAAGCGAUCAGAUGGAACGUAUCAAGAACCUGAACUGGGCAUAUUUUGCUCUUUUUUGAUCAUCGAGUCGCAAUCAGGCGCCACAAUUGACGUCCGUGGUGAUAAAGGAGCAGAUGCAGGUGGAACUAACACAGCGCAAAAUGGAGGGACUGGAGGUAAAAUAUGGCUAUACGUCGAGAAUAUGGACGAAGACAUCGUAGAUCAUCUACGUCUUAUCGCUGAUGGCGGUGAUGGGGGCGUAGGGUGUAAUAUUGUGCCAGGUGGUGAUGCGGGAAUGCUCGCUGGCGGCAAUGGUGGCAAUGCAGGUCAGAUAUCAGUCUACUACGGAUGUCAGGCCCGGACUUUAAAGUCGACAUUGACGCAAAUGUUGAAGCCACAGACCCCAUGGCCAAAACAAGUGCAGCAAGCGUUGUCAAAGCUGUUUCCUGCAGACAAUCCUUCUCCACUAAGUGGAAUUCCCAAGAGAUUUUCACCCGAAUUCAUCCAGGAGUGUAAGCAGACCUGUACUAAUUUCGGUAACUUUGCCGCUGCUCUAGGCUCCUUGGUACAAGCCCUCAACCAAGUCAUCAACAAACCUUCCGCUUUCCAUCCCAAACCGACCAUGCCCAACCAGAAAUCAGCCUCAUCAUGUCAGGUCGCCUUGCAGCAGCUUUUAAGUCUUUACAAUCCACCUCAAAAUGUUGCUCAGGCCGACAUAGACAGGUGCAAGGCUGCGUGUGGGCUAAUUUCGGAAUGGUUCACAAACGGAGGCGCAGAUAGAGAAGCAAAAAUGGCAACCGCGAUAAAUGACUGUACUCAAAUGGCAACUUCCCAAGUGGCGGCCAAAUCUGGUUCAGCGAUGUGGGACUGCUUCAAGAAUAUAGGAGACGCGCUCGACGCAUCCCUUAACGCGAUUCAAUCCGGGCUUCAGAACCGAGUCUGUAGCGUCGAAGGAGGAAAGGGAGGCGUACAGGGAUUGACGACAGGAGGAAAGUUUGGAAACAAAGGUUCGAACGGUCAACCGGGUACGAUAACCGCAAAAUGUCUCAAUUUUGACGGACAAGAAGAAGACCUGAAGGUUGAUAUUGUCACUGCAUUUCCCGAUCAGUGCCAAAUGCUCUCGAACCAAGGCGAUGCGUUCUACUUCUCAGGGGAUGUCGGCAACGCACGAGAAGUAUACUCAAGACUCACCAAGAGACUUGCGUUUGUGCCAACACUGAAUACGUCCGAUUUGAAGUCACCUCUAGCAAAAGCGUACCAGCAAGCGCGAGACGAUUGGAAGCUCAUCAUUUCCCCAGAUAAGAAACCCGUAGCGCAGCUGGGAUCCCUUCUGAACCAGACUACCACCAAAUUGAACAGAAUCGGUCUGAACCAGGAUAUUUUCGGGCAUGCGCCCAACUGGGUUCCCAGGUUGGCCUUUUGGCUGUACUUCAACACUCUGAACUCCAUGCUCAUCAUAUUAGAAAAGCAAACCACCACACUCAAGCGCUACGAAGACGCUCUACGCACCAAUGCAAAAGAGAUCGAAAAGGAAAUCGCACAAAGCAUUGCUAAUGCUGAUGGCUUGGCCGCUGCUAAAGUGCAAAUUGACCAACUGACUAAUUCAUCCGGCAUUAUGCAGGGCUAUGUUGCUAAGAUUCGAGCAGCGAAGCCGAAAUUGGAGCAGAAGCAUGAUAAAAUCACAGCGCAAAUGGAUAAAGUCAAGGACGACAUUCAGAACAAAUUGAACUUCAAUCCCCAAGACAUUGUGGAGGGCUUUGCAUCUUUCUGUAUGAUGCCGUCCAAGCUGUCUGCAAUUGGACAAGUCGCCGCUGAAGGAUAUAAGGCCUUCUCCACGGUUCAUAAUACCGAAGGAUACGAUGUUGAAAAGGACUGCGUAAUCGACCAGCUGACAGCUCUUCAAAACGCUACAUUGGAAUCUUUCAACCAAUGCAUCGCUGACCCGACCGUUGGACCCGACGGAAGCAUCACUCCACCCGAUCAAACAGCCAUCCUUGCUGCCAAAGAGGAUAUCAAUAAAGUCAUAAAUGACUUCAAAAGCGCAAUUCCAAAGUCAGACCGAGACGCACUGUCCACUGCUCUCGAUGAGUACAUGCAAACAGUUCUUGAUAGGAACGACGCAAUGUUGCGCUACACUGCAGCGUUGCAGCUAUUGGGGGAUGCUUCCUCAAGCGAAGAUUUCUACAAGAGCCAGCAAGAGCGGGAAGGAGACGAAGUGAUCGAAAAUGCUGCUAAUCAGGGAUUGCCACUGAUAUAUACCUGGAUGAAGAAGGCCAUCAAUGAUUAUAGUUUUGCCGUGAUGCAGAGCCUUGACUACGCCGCGAGAGCUGGAAGCUUCUGGGGCUUGAUGAAGAUCUCAAGCACCGCAGAACUCGAUGACGCAUUGAAAUCCGGAGUUCCAACCCUGGACUGCCUGAAGACAGCUCGAGAUCAUAUUUGGAACGUCUGCUAUGAUCGAAUGGCCUCGUUCACGAAAUUCCGACCGAGUGUUUGGCCCCCAGAUGAUCAUGGUCGCGGAGCGUUUGAACCGUUGAACGCUGCAGAGCUUGAUACUUUGAAGAGAGGUAUCGUAGAAGUUGACAGCAUUACCAAAGAGGAGAGUAAGACGUACGGUGUCUAUCUGACUCUUGACCCAAAAAGACUCCACCAAUUAUUUGCCGGAAAGUCGUUAGUUCGCCUCCAUCAAGUUCGCUUCUGGGCACUUGGGGCGACUGUUUCACAGAAUGCAAUUGGUCAACACCUCAUCCAAGUUGAGCUCAAACACAUGGGACGAGAACAGUUCUGUGAUGAAAACGGGACAUGGUUCGAUUUCGAUCACGAGAUAGUGGUGGUCAAGUUUGCGUAUGAUAGCACCGCUGUCAAGACCAUUGACGACUGCACGCCUGCGGCAGCUCAAGCAAAGGAGAACAUGACAGGGGACUUUACAGGUGCAGAGCCAGUGAUCACCGAAUCUGGCGAGAUUGUGAGAGAUGCGCCCUCCGCCGCUGCAGUUGGCCCGUUCACGACUUGGAUGGUCCAGUUGAAGGAAAGCAGCAACCCAGGGCUCAAUAUGGAGAAGGUGACCAAGGCUUGUAUUGAAUUCUGCUACACGUAUCGUUAGUCGUGGAAUUUGUCGGAUUCGCGCUUAGCCUUUACGAUUUGGUUGGGAUUUGACGGGUAACGUAUAGUACAAGAGCCUGGGAAUAAACAGUGCAGCGCAGAGCUGUUCUCAAGGUUUGUUUUCACUCGUUCUGUCAUUCUAUAUCGGCGAAUUCCAGGUAGUGGGCGAUUGACGCAGCGUCUUGAGAGCAACUUGCAGACCUCGGCGCCAUGUCGAAUCCGCCCGGUAGUGCGAGAUCAUUUGUCGUCCAGUUUGGCUGUAAUUUCAGAGAAUCUGUGAAGCUCUGGCCCCAGAUAAAAAGGCUCUGUCAGGUGCUCUCUCCCGCUCUAAAACAGGCUCUUGCACCUUGACUUUCUGUGGUCUUGAGAUGGUAGCACGCUCCCUAUGGCGUAGGAAAUGUAGGAAAUGUG